GCGAGAUCGCGCGAGAGGGAUCCGCGCGGCGGGGGAGCGGCCGGAGCGGACCAAUCGGAGGAAGGGAUGAUGGGGCCUCGGCGCGAGCCGAGAGAAAUUGUCAGUCAGGCUCACUGCCGCGCGGUGAGUCGGCCCGUCGUGACCCAUUCUCAUGGAUCUCGCGGUCCUCUCUUCUCGUCGUGCCUCCUUCCCCGCCGUGUCUCCCCGAGGCACCCCCACCACCGCGCGCAUUCGACGCGGAGAGGAUCACAUCCCCCGCCCACCCUCUCGGCCUCCUACCCCGCCGCCGCCGUCGCCGCCCCCGCCGCCUCUUCCUCUCUUCCCGAGGAUCGCGCGCUGAGGGCUCCUCUCGUUUCGGGAUCACCGUGCGCGCGCCCAGACGUCGACUCGACGUGCGCUGCUGAGCUCAGUGCGCUGCUGAGCGUCGAGCGGUUACGAACGGAGAAGGUGAAACACACAUCCGGGUCCGGGGCACGGGGUGUGUGUGCGCGCACACAUACACACUCGAUCGAUUGAUCGUCCACGCGCUUGCUCUCUUAUCGGCGCGGUGAUGUGAUCCGAUCGCACGAUGCGGCAUCGCGGCAUCGCGGACGUCUCGUUGAGAUCCAACUCCUCCCAUUGUCCCCGGAGCGGCAGCGGAUAACUCGGAAUAUAACUCUCCGCGGGAGUGCACCCGCGCACGUAUACGAGGACACUUGGUGUUUAAUUGUGCUAAUCGAUCAAGAGUUCACGUGGAUGCUGAUGUUGGGAUCCUCCUCGACGGCGUGAUCUCUCCCCGGCCCGCCUGAGAGACGCUUCUCGCGGACUCCGCGGCUCCGGAGCGGCAGCAUGGAUUACUCGAAGAAAGUGACUGGAUUACAGAAUGGACCUGACCAGGAACAGGAAAACGAAUCACAAAUUAAUGCUGCAUCACCAUCAUCAAGCGUUGAGCUGUCGGAGAAUGGCACGCAUCCAUGCCCAACAUGCCCAUCGGUAUUCACUAGUUCCCACGAACUGACGAAUCACCUGCGCGGUCACAACUCACCUCGCAGCACGGACUGCAGCGGCGAAGAGGAUUACAGCUGCGGCGUAUGCAAUAAGGUGCUCAGCUCGGCGAGCUCGUUGGACCGGCACGUGCUGGUGCACUCGGGUGAGCGGCCGUUCAAGUGCAAGUACUGCGAUAUGUCGUUCACGACGAACGGGAAUAUGAACCGGCACGUAAGGUGUACCCAUCGGAUGGUGUCGCCGAACAGCUGCACGGAUUCGGAGGGCAGCAGCGGCUCGGAGAGACCUGCGGCGACGAGCCAGGAUGAGUACAACAACAACGAGAUAGCCAGGCGCAACUCGCCGGACCUGAUCGAUGAACAGCAACCGUCGCCCAGCAACAACCGCGUGAACAAACGGAAAUGUUCGGACGAGGACGUCAGCGAGGACAUAGACGAGCAAAGAAGACACAAGAUCCUCUUAAACAGCACAAAGAUGAUCAGGUGUCGACCAGAUGACGAGAUGACGAAGGUUUUCGGUUGUGCAAUCUGCGGCCAGGAUUUUGCGAGCAGCGCUACUCUAGAGUCUCAUAUGGAACGCGUGCAUCCAGGCUCCCCGGCCACGUGCGAGACUUGCAAUCAGUCGUUCAAAAAUCAUCGCGCGCUGAACCUUCAUCGUUCAAUGAGACAUUACAAAAAGAACCCGGAAGGUAGCAAUAGUCGUAGCUUGCGCAACACCGUAGACGGUUUCAGGGAUCUGACGUUCAUCGACUUUUCAUCCAUCAAGUUUCCGACGAUCGCCCGGGCGAUGUGCGAGCGUGAGCUGCACCGGCCGGCCUCCGGCGAGGCCAACAGGUUCCAGUGUAUGAAGUGCCUACACGCAUUUCCUUGCAGGCAAGCUCAGCUGGCGCAUGAGAAGGAAUGCAAAGGUCCCUACAAGAACAAGAGAAACAGUAAUGACAACAACAACAAUAAUGAUAUCAGUACCAACAACAAUCUCGAGGCGGAACUGGAGGAUCCAACUCCGCAGCCCGACGAUUCCAAGACUAAGCGCGAGAUGUUCUUUGCUGUGCUGGAUCUGCAGAAUAAGUCUUUGGCGCACGAGACAAAAGAGUCGCGGGAACCGAACGAGAUCAGAGAGUCGAAGGAGACCAAGGAUCUAGCGGAUAUCCCGAGCAUUCUAUCCGUCAGUCUGAAUGGACUGCAGACCUUUCCUCGGUCGGACGCGAGCACGCCCGAGAACAACAUCAAGUUUAAUCCAAAUAUCGGCUCUUCAGGCUCUUCAGGCACUUGUUCGUCCGAGUACAAUGAGGAGGAGGCACAAGACGCCUUCACCGCGGAAUUCCGGAAGAUGAAGCUGAAAGGGGAAUUUCCGUGUAGACUGUGCACAUCCGUAUUCCCCAAUUUACGGGCACUGAAGGGACAUAAUCGCGCACAUAUGAACGUAGAACCAGGCAUGGCGUAUCCGUGUAAUAUGUGCCCGUACACCAGCACCGAUAAAGGAGCCCUGAUGAAGCACCUAAGAUCGCAUAACGGUGACCGUCCGUUCGAGUGUUCCCUUUGCAAUUACGCGUUCACCACCAAAGCGAAUUGCGAGAGGCACGUGAAGAAUCGUCACGGGAUGAUUAGCAAGGAAGAUGUUAAGAACGCACUGAUCUAUCAUCCGAGUGAGGAUUCGACAAAUGAUAAUAUCGAAAGGAGUUCGCCCAGAGUCAGGGAGGAUGUGCGGAAGACGCUUAUUUAUCCGAACGAACGCGAGGAGAUUCCUCAACAGCAACAGAUACAUUAUCCGUCUCUGGCAAUGGAUUGUAAUCCUGGACCAUCGACCGUCCACGCCGAGAUGCUAAUGAAUCGAUACGAUAAGUCAGACGCGUUCACCAGAAUAAAGAUGCAGGCUCUCAAUCUCGUAAAAAGAAACGCUGACGAAGCAAACCUGUCUCACGAUCUAAUCGUAAAGCCGAAUUAUUCGAAAAUCGACGAUGACGCUGAAUCGCGAUCGUCAGACGGCAGCGUGUCUCUAGUCAGUGAUACCAAAACAGAUAUACACCAAAGAAUUCAAGCUAGUCCGAUGAACCUGACGAAACCCUUAACGAGCUCCGGGUUGAGCUCGGGCGAGGACGGUCCAUUGGAUCUGUCCAUGGAUGUAUUGGAUCUGAGCAGGAAGCGGAAAAGAGAAAACGAGGACUCUAGCUUGCAAGAGGACAAGCGAUUUAAAAACAAUCAACAAGAAUUAUACGCCACAAACCCAGCGUUGCUGCUAACCCAAGCCCUACUGAACCGAGCACGCGAGAGCUCACCGACGACGUCAUUAGAGACUCUUUACGCGAAUACUAUCUAUCGUAAUUUUGGCACGUUAACCAGUGCCAGCAUGAUACCACCGUAUUUUCUUGGCCCUCACAUGUUCACCCAGGAAUUAGCGAAGGGCAGGCUGCAAAAAGAGCUGGUGAGAGGGUUGCAAUUGACCGGCGGCGGCACUCUUUCGGUUGAUCCGUCAAUGCCCAGCACUAGCUACGCGGCGUAUACGCAAACGAGGGACACCCCGCAAACCUCGAGUGAGCAGAAUGCCUACGCGAACUUGAUGAAUGCGCAGAUGACAAACCAGAGCGCGCCGAGUCGUGAAAAAGCGGACAGUAUCUCAUCGAACGAUCCUGUGAAGAUGGUACUCAAGAACGGGGUAUUGAUCCCUAAGCAAAAGCAGCGCAGAUAUCGAACUGAGAGACCUUUCACCUGCGAGCACUGCACGGCGAGAUUCACUCUGAGGAGCAACAUGGAACGACAUAUUAAACAACAGCAUCCACAAUAUUGGAGUCAAAGACCUCGUGGCGGACACUCAACUAGAGGCAGACCGCCCUCGAGUCAUCCGACUAUGGUACAGAAUACUGGUCCAUCGACCUCGCAGGUGACUCAACCGUAUUCGAGCAUUCUUCCGAACAUUGACACGCCAGUGGUCACGCCGACGGAUUACGGUACACAUCCUAUCUCGGACCAAGUGAAAUACGCGAUUCUGGCGCAACAGCUGAAAGCCAAUAAAAUAGAAGACAAUGAUUCGGAGGAUGAGAUGGUGAUAGACGAGGAGUCGGCCGAUCGGGACGCUCAGGAGUCGCAAGCUCAACGUGAGCCAAGCACGAGUCUGCUAAGAGAUCAGUUGGAGAACAACGAGGGUGUCAAAGAUAUCAUCGUAAAGACGGAAGCGGUGCCUGCGGAGGAAACCUCGGAGGAGACUCACGACGGUGAACAGGCCGCAAGAGAUAACGACGACAAUUCGGAAGAAUCCGCGACGAUUGAAAACAAGCCGAUACGCGGUGAGGAAACCACCACGACCGAAUCCGCCAGCAAAGAGCAGGGUAAGCUCGAGGACGGAGCGCCCGAUCUCGCGAGCGUCUCGAAGCUCUUGGACAACGCGUCUCAGCAAUAUCAGCAAUUCCAGCCGCAAUACCUGAGUGACGAGGAGGGUCCCGUCGCGUCGACCAGUGGCAACAAUUCCGGCAGCGAGAAGUCCGAUUCGAUGAACUCUUUGAACUCCGGAAACGAUUCCUCGCCAAACAAGAAGAGGAAAAAAAAGAAGAAAUCCGCGUACUCGAUGGCGCCGAAUCGUGUCGUGUGCCCAUAUUGCGAACGCCAGUUCCCGUGGACCUCGUCUCUGAGACGACACAUCCUCACCCAUACCGGCCAGAAGCCGUAUCAGUGUAUUCACUGUUCUCAUCAUUUCACCACCAAGUCCAACUGCGACCGCCACCUGCUGAGGAAGCACAAGGCGAAGGCAAACAAAAUGCGCCGCGCCAGAAAUUCAUCCUCGCCAGACGCCCAGGUGGUCGCCAGCAGCAGCAGCAGCAGUAGCAAUGGCAAUAACACGUUCUCCAUGAGGAACGUGCCCGAGAGGCCGUUCAAAUGCCAUCAGUGUCCGAGCUCGACGUUCGCCACGUUAGGUAACCUGAAGAAACAUCGGUCGAGCAAGCACUCGCGCAAGACCGCGUCCAGGUCGGAGUCUAGCGAUCAGCAGAACAGCCCGCCGCAGUGCGCCACGCAGAACGAUCAGAGCGACUACGAGAGUCGCUCGUCGAGCAUGUCUGACAACGGCAUGGAGACCGCGACGUCCGCCCCCGUGGCGGCGAAGCCGACCACCAAUGCGUCCCCCUCGAUAAACGACGCCACUAGGUCGCGCAAAUCACCAAGAUUGUCGCCGAGUCCCGGUGACGUACCUUUCAAGUGUUACCUGUGCGACAGCGGUUUCUCGGAACGCCAGGACUGCUUGGACCACAUCAAGAUGAAUCACAAGCGCUCGUACGAGAUGCUGAAGGCCAAGGGCGCCCUCGAUAUGGCAUCGAUGAACAUAGACGCAACCGAGGAUCAUAUGAUGACGUCGCAGCAACAUCCUAGCGACGGGGAAGAGAAGAAGGGCCGUUUUCCCGAUUACAGCAACCGAAAGGUUGUGUGCGCUUUCUGCAUGAGACGAUUCUGGUCCGCGGAGGAUCUCCGACGACACAUGAGAACUCACACGGGCGAGAGGCCUUUUGAAUGCGACAUUUGCACCAGGAAAUUCACGCUCAAACACAGUAUGCUGCGCCAUCGUAAGAAGCACGAGUCGGUAGACUCCGCCAUGUACAUAGGCAACAGCGGCGAUGAGGAGCCGCCCGCGCAGCCGCCGACGAUAACCCCCAGGAGUCAACAGCACUCGCCGAUUUCCACCAACACCAGCAGGCCCCGCACCCAGGACAGAAUCUCCCUGCCGACCGUCGCAUCGGUGGCAACGGCGGAUGCGGCGCCCUGUGCCCUGAUGCGUUACAAUCACUACGACAACAUGGCCACUCUCACCGGCAGAAUGGCGAACGAUGGUCCCCAGGGCACCGCUCCCGCACCCCUGCCUUCCCCACCGCUACCUGCGGAGGUCCCCAGCGAAAGCGGAGACAACGAUCUAAUCUCCAAUUUGCUAGGAAUACGCGAGAAAGGUUUGCUCGACAAGGUUCUGCUGAGCUCGGCAGACGACGCGGCAAAGUUGCUGGGGGUCAAUCAUAGCGAGUGAUCGGACGUUCGAUCACGUAGGAGAAACAGACGGAGAGAAGCGAAGUGCGAUCAGACACGUAAAUCGCGUGAAUAGAUUGGAAGUAAUUAAAUCGAGUAUGGAACUCUACUCGAGAUGUUAAUUGGUACAUAUUCGUAUUUCAGUAGAUUUUAGCAGAUUAAGGCAAAAAAGCAGAAUUGUAGUUUCCGCUUUUGUGUCGUAAUGUGUCGUUCGAAAGUUUGCUAGAUCAAAAGUCAAUCACCAUCGUCUGAUCGCACGCCACUUUCUUCUAUGGUUCGUGAGCACAGAAGAUAGGAUUAUUCAUCGACUUUAGAUUAUCCGUCGAAUUCCUCGGUUCUCCGUCUAAGGUUCACGAUCGUGCCUUAUAUUCCUUAUCAAUUUGUCGCACGUGUUCGUAUAAAACACCGUAGUGUUUCGAAGUUUAUCUUGAUGAAAUCAACUGUGAGUAGUAGCCAGAGUGUCAUUAUACGCUGCAUACAAUAUUAAAACUUCACGGUUCUUAACGAUAACAUACCGGGGAUUUUCAACGAGUUUACUUACUUACAUUGCAGAAAGCAGAUGAUGCGAAUGAAUCGACAGGAAAAGUUGCUUUAUGUAAAAAUUAUUUUUCAUUAUAUUAAUGUUCUUGAUUAAAUCUUACUUUUCUACGGUUUACAAUAUAAUAGAAACUUCUAAGAAUAUAAAAGACUAUGGAAGCACUCGUUCUCGAAGUCAAUCCCCGAUUUUGAUAAAAUUUCGAGAUAGUUAUAAGAAAUUCCUUUCAGGUGUUACGAUUCACUUGUAUUUUUUGCACAGGUAUUCGUUGUGAGCUACGGCGAGGUAUAUUAUUUGCUAUCAUGACGUACAUUUUUCUUAUCAUUCAAAAGUACCUGCGCUACAUAUUCCAUUCAGUUUAUUAAUUGUCGAUGGGACAAUUUUAAAAAAUACAACAUGGUGCAUCUUCCUCUUUUAUCAACACAUCCAAAUCACUUACGCUUCUGGCAUAAAUUCCUUCGUAAUGCCUCGGGCUUUCGUUACGAGAAGCGCGUUCUUCGUGAUCCCACUCUUUGUACUGUGUGUACAUAUAUACAUAUAUGUAUCUCUGAGGAUUGUAACAAUCCGAGUAUAUACAUCUUAAGAUUUACAUCAUGAUUUCGCGAGCGCGUUAAAGAUAAUUAAAUACAUUAUCAAAUGCACUUAUUAUCCGAGAUGAAACGUGCAUUAAUCAACAGACAACGCAUAUAUAUUGUUUGUAUUCAUUUAACGCGCAGUAUUAGGCGUACGGUUGCGACGGUACGCGCGGUCGUAGAUCCUCAAUUCUCUCAAAUCAUAACGCCGUUGUGACGGGAUAUUCGUAUGAGGAAUCAAGAAAAAAAGCAGGAAAAAGAAAAAAAAAAUCAGCCUCCUUUUUCCUAGUAAAAGAAAGUUGAAAUUCGCGAAUGUUCUUCGCGACGCAGACAAAGCGGACGCUGCAUUUAAAUCCAAAGAUGAAUUCAUUUUACGCAAUGAAUUAUUCUAAGUUAGCCAUACGCAUUAGGGUCUUAUUUAUUGUUAGUCAUGUACUUCUACAUGAGAGUGAGAAAAACUUAAACGUAACUUAGAGUGUGAAUGUGACUAGCACAUAGUCGUUAGGUCGCCGUGACGUUAUUUGAUGAUGUGCCGCGUUCCGGACUCGGAUGUUCCGGGGGACCGUUUCCGGCUGCGACUUCAGAAAUCUCGAGAUUGCCGAGGGAAUUCACUCGAGAAUCGCAGAUCGCAUAUAGCUAUGUAUACCAAUCGCAUUGAUUUUAUUUUAUUGUCCCUUUCGAGACAGCGAGCGAGACGAGAUGCAAUUCUUCACGCAAAACGAUAUGUAGAGCGCGCGGAGCAAUAUUUAUGAUGAAGUUUAUAUAUUACUACCAAUUAAUUAGAUAGCAAUGUCUCGUCGCAUUAUGUGGAUCUUAGUGUAUAUAGAUAGCUCGAUUAUAUCUUUCGCGGAUGCAAUUAUACCAAAUGAUUAACUUGAGCUAGGUAUUUAGAUUAGAUUAGAGCGAUGAAAGUUAUAGAUUUAACUAGGCCAAAGGGAAACGAUUUGUAUUUCCUAUAUUCCUUUACCCCGUUCAUCCCAUCUUGUUGUUCGUUUGUGCUUUUACGCGUAUACCGUCUCUACUUACAUCACAGUCUCUCUUCGAUCUUCUCCUCUCCUGUCUCUACACAGGCACACACGAAUACAAAUACAAACAUAAAAACACACACAUAUACACACCCACACACACAUGCGAUAUUUAUUAUUUUAUAAUAGAGACGAUUGUACAUGGCUGUAAUACACUUUAGCAAAGUCCGAAACGAAGUUGGGAAUAACGUUCAGUAACAUCGUUCUUGAUCUCGUACUGGCGCAUUUCCUUACGAUGUCUCUGUCGCAGGACGUUUGCAGAUUCAGUUCCCGUCUAUAAUUAAAAAAAAGAAAAAGAAAAAAAGAGAGGUUUCCUUACAAAGCGACGUUUCGCAAAGGAAAGAUUCAAAUUUCCUUUACAAGCGGACCGAGUUUACAAAUAUCCUGUGAUAGACGCAUUAUGCGCAGAUAUAUUUAAGGCUUCUUGGCGCAUACGUAUGCUGUAGGCGAACGAAGGAAAAUGAUAUUUAUCAAAGCGAAUGAAUCUGUUUGAAACCUCUCGAGUGACAUUUUCUGCUCCCCCUCCUCUCCCCUCCCGACUGUCGUGAAAAUUAAGAUAUCAAGUAAUCAUUGUAGCGCACGUGUACAUGAAUAAGUUAUAUUCUCUAAUUUAAAUCAGGAAUAACAAUAAACGAUAUGCAAUGGAAUCAA